AUGUCGCACGUUACUCAAGAAGCAUGUGGUGUCGAUGUAUUUCUAUGUUUUAAUCCAUGUUCAAAAGAUUGUGGCAUGAUUGCUCAGAUAUUAAAAGAGCAAUGUAGAAGACGACAAAUUGUGUAUUAUACAUCGGACGAUAUUAAUUUUGUUGAAAAUUAUUACGAAAAAUUAGCUUGUCAAGUAUUACGAUCAAAAUUAUUUAUACCGAUUAUUGAUGAAUAUUGGUACAGGUCUUAUUGGUGUUCGUGGAUGUUACUCUAUGCACUGGAGCAUCAAACUAAGUUUACAUUACCAAUAAUAGUACCCGUCAUUACUCUCUCAUUUGCUCGAUCAUCCGAGGUUUUAACAACACAAUUAAAAUCAACAUACAAAUCAACCAUAAUAUUAGAUCAGAAUGUUUCAAUUAAUGAAUCAUUAGAACAAUUAUUUAAAUUAAUUGAACAAACGGUUUAUGUAUCAGAAUGUUUUCAUCUUAAUUCUAAAAGACAAAGAUUUGUUGAUAACGAAAGACCAUUGACAGAUCAAGAAAGUGAAUUUAUAAAUGAGACAAGAAAAAAAGAAAUACUUCUACUAAGAGAUAUGUCUUCUCAACAAGAACGAACACAAUUAUAUGAGACAUAUAAACAACAUGUCGCUCUAUCCGUACCCUAUCAUCAAAUUCAAUCAUAUCUUUUAUCGGCUAUGUACGAUAAUUAUCAUUUAACAUGGAUAGAUGUUGUUACUAUAGAUGAUGAACAAUAUUUUACUUUUAUUUGGAAUGAUACUCGUUUAUAUAAAAAUAAAACAUAUUUAUUUUAUUAUGAUUUAAAUCCAGCCAUGUUAUCAGAAUUAGCAUCAAAAUUACUUGAAGAUAAUUAUGAAUUAAAAAUGUAUGAUGUCUAUGUUAGACGUACAGAUCCAGAUAUGUUUAAAUAUAUUUGUUUAUUUGUACGAAAUGUUCAUGUUGAAAAUGAAAAACAAAAAUCUUAUUUAGCAUUAGCUGUUAUUGAAAAUAAAUGGAAAUUUGUUUGUGAAAAUUUAAGUGAGACAACAGAUACUUCUACUUUAAUACCAAGAAUGAUACGGUCACAUAUUUUAUGUAGACAUUUGUAUUAUUCUGGCAUAUUUAAACGGCGUACAUCAAAAACAAAAUUACUCGAUAUUCAUAAUAUUGAUAAUAUGACUGAUAUUGAUUUGCUUCGAGAACAUUCUGAAGCAUUGAGUAAAAAUAUGAAAAUAGCUGAUUUAAAAGCAUAUCAUCUUUAUAAUGGUGAUUAUCGUUUUCAUGCAUUAUGGACAACAGAGAAAGAAGGUUCAUCAUUAUUAUUUCUCGGUUUAACGUAUGAUGAAUUAGUAGAAAAAUUAAAUAGUUUAUUAAAACAAAAAAUAUAUACGGCCAUUAUCGCAAAUUAUGGAAUGUUGAUUGAUGGUCAACAAGUCUAUGCACUUGUGUGUAAUCAAUAUGGAACAGUUUGGUAA